AUGUGCUACAUACCCAAAAACGUCUAUACGGUAUGCGCCCACACCAGGGUGGGGGAGCUCGUCGCGUGCGCUCGUCAAAAGGUCAGGAAUGCGCGGCUAGAAGACGGUAAUUGGUGUACCAACUUCCAGUUGACCUUCCGGUCCUGCCGUCCGGUUGAGCUGGCGAAGCUGAAGUAUUGGUUUUGUCCAGAAUGCCGCGAGCACUACAAGGGGUACGACACAAACGGUGCAGAGGCCAUUCUCAACUACUGGGCCUACAAGGCUCUCUCCGGCUUUACCUACAGCGUCUCUCCUGGGGCAAUCCCCGCCGAUGUGGUAUUCAACGGAACCGUGCCUGCCCUUGCCCGGUCCACAAGAGUCCGGUGCGAGCUGAUCGCCCUUGAUAAGGCGUGGCCUAAUAAUAGCCCGUUCGAAACGAAGGUCGAGUGGUUGCAGAGACUUGAACGGGCGCGAACAGUGACGUUGGAACUGGCUAGGAGUUGGUCCGGCACGCAGCCUUGCGUACAGGGCAGCGAGAUCAGUAUCCAACCGCGAGUGCCAUCGCCCAUGACUGCCUACCCGUUUUCCUAUGUGCAUGACCAUGCACUCAACACCAUCACGGAAGCAAGCGACUCCCUGAAAUCCGCCGCAAACCCGCCUUCGUGGCGUGAAACCAUUGAUCGGGAAACACCACAAGUCCACCUCAACACGCUCGCGAGGUUGUGCGGGAUGACCCCCCUGGAGUCCCUGCCACCCCGGUCAGAACAAGCACAGCGUUCGAUCUCAGCGAGCCCAACACUGUUCGAAGUUCCGUUGGACCUUACCGAACCUUGGGGCCCAUUGCCCGUUGACCAGGAGAUGGUGGGCGAAGAAUCCCACCACGCUUCUGUAGCGCUCGCUCGGCCGCUGAGCCGUCAGUUGACUGAGCAAUUUAACCAGCAGCAGCACAACAUCCAGUCUGAAUCCUUCAACGACGGAUCUGGGGAAGCUUCUAGGAGAAGCAAUGGCAACGUGCCUGGAACCAAGUUUGGUUAUUGGGAUCAUGAGGCGUGGGUGGACGACCCAACUGAUGCUGCCUCGGUUGAGCCAACCCAAGAAUCCCUAGGGAACGAAGCUGAACGGUCUCCUCAGGCCGACGAUGAAUGGGUCGAUGAUCGGACUAACAGUUUCUCAGCUGAGCCAGUCCAAAACUCACCUUACAGAGAUCCCGCAGAACGUCUCGAGACCGAUGUCAUCUCCAGCCAUGAGGCGUUUGCCAACGUCACCCUUGACGGGGCCAACGUAAGAGACGCGGCGCAGGAGUAUUCGGAGCCCAACACGACCAGCCGUUUCUCCGUUUCAGAAUUCGACGCAGACGAAGCAGGCGAGCGAGCCAGCAUUGCCUCGGUCAGUUCGGUUGCCGAGGAUGAGGUUCCUGCACUGGACGACAGCGACACCGCCUCCCCGGUAUCCGAGUCGGGAGCAGAGCAAGAGUACAGGCUUCCGGAACAGCGUAAGUCUAUUAUUGAUGCCCUCAGCAGUUGCUCAACACCGGAGAUCGUCUCCCCCGAACCAAACCGUAUCCCCUCACCACCUAGGUUCGUUCGCGAGGAUAAUUAUCCCGCGACUGAGUCAUUGAAUUCGGACGCCUACUGGAACGAUUUUGGAAAUGGGUUAUCUCGUGAGGCCAGCAUGUCGCCCGGUAUGGUGGGUUCACCGAGUAUGAUGGGUCUUUCGCCACAGAGUGUCUCGGUCAUGUAA